AUGGAAUGUCAGCCAUGUCGUAAACAGAACCGGCAUUCAUCUGCAAAAUGUUGGUGUACCGAAUGUGAUGAAGCGUUAUGUCAUAGCUGUAAAUCUCAACACAAAUCAUUCAAAGUGAGCAGAAAUCACAACGUGAUCGAAAUAGAGCAAGGGUCCGCUCUGUCGACAGAGUCUGUUGGUUUUGGACAUGAAGAUUGGAUUUUUUGUCAUGAGCAUAGGGAUAUAUCGGUAGAAUAUUUUUGCAUUAAACACGAGCAGCCAUGUUGCAUUCUUUGUAAAAGACAAUAUCAUAGACAUUGUUGCGACGUUGAGAAGGUUGAUGACGUCGUAGAUGACAACAAAUUGGAAACCGUCACAACGGACCUCUUAUUAACUGUCGGAGAACGAAAAACCCGCUUAACAACAUUUGCUGAUAAUGAAAGGUCGAAUCUGAGAGAUUUGGGGAUUAUUAAGACUAAUUUUAUCAAAGAAUUGAAGAAUGCCAGAACCGCCAUUAAUGAACACAUAGAUUUAUUGCAAAAUGACGUCGAGCAAGAAAUGAAUAAAAAAUAUCAAAAUCACAUGUUGGAAGUAAACAAAAGAUUAACAGAUAUUAAUACCAGAAUAAAAUAUACGGCUAACCAGUACAAAGUUAUAAAAGAUACUUCAGUAAAACCUGCGUUGUCCUUAGGGCAGAAGUAUUUAAAGAUUAUGCAUCUGAAACAUAUUGAAGAUGGUUAUAACGAAAGCCAUAAGACUAACCCAAAACACAAUUUACAAAGUAUUGCCGAUUUCAAGCUGUCUUACGUAAAAACAAAAGAUGGUAUAGAUGUACGUCACAAUAAUAGGAAUUUGCAUGGUCCAAAAAAUGGGACGGACACAUAUCGCGAGGAUUCAAAUAAAGAAACGGUCGAAUCAGGGUCUUCUGCUGUGGAAUUGGAAUCACAAGCUUUCAAUUGGAAAAUGUCUAGUCCAGUUUCAAAAUUACUAUUAACUUCUCCUGUAACAAGUUCACCAAAUCUGCCUUUGACUACGCAAGUUGGAUUUUUAAAGUCAUCCUGUAUUUCCCAUACUACACAUCUUCCCUUUGCAGCCGAUUCAGGAAACAGUUCACAAUUUAACUUUUGCCUUAAGAAGUCAUUUCGUAUCGAAAAAAAGAACAAAGAUAUUUUCAUAAGUGAUGCAAAAUUGAUGCCAAACAAGUAUCAUAUAGCUAUAGCGGAAACGUCUAAUCCCAGGUGUAUGAUGUACACUAAAGAUGGUUUUAAAAAAGGUCAAGUUCAAUUAUUUGGUAAACCCUAUAGUAUAGCAGUUAUGGAGGACCACCGUAUAGGUGUAACUCUUAUUGGUGUGAAGAAAGUCUGUGUAAUAGAUACAGAUGAUUGGCAUUGUAUUAACAUCAUUGAUUUAAAUGAUAGCUGCAAAGGACUUGUUUAUUUUGAAAACAAUCUAUUAGUCAACUGUAUAAAUGAAGGGCUGAUGUAUGUAAAUGAUUCUGGGAAAAAAGUCAAAGAGAAUAGUAAUAUCAAAGGGGAAUUUUAUUUCCAUGUCGACAACCAGGGAAAUCUUUUCGGUGCUAAGGAGAAAAUAAAACGCAUUCAUGUUUGUAAUCUUACCAACAACAAACGAUAUAAAUACCUUGUGAAAGGUUUAAGCAAUCCGAAAGGGCUGACAACUGAUCGUGAUAAUAACUUAUUUGUUUCAUGUUAUGAAAAUGAAACAAUUUUUGUAAAACAUUCCCUCCUCUCACUAGCCACAGAAGCUAUAGAGAAAUCAAGUGGCAUUGACCGCCCUAUGAGUAUUGACUACGAUCAACAAAACGAUGAACUUCUUGUAGUGAAUAAUUCGGGACAUUCUAUAUUCAUAUUUAAAAAAAAUGAUCAAGUAAAAAACAAAGGAUAA